AUGGAACGUAAUUCUAAAAGAUUUCAAGCCAAAAUGGAAGAAAUGCUUAUUGGAGCAGACGUUUGCGCACGCUAUAAUAGUAAGAUGUACCGAGUUACGUCUAUUGACAGUUGGGUAUCACCAGACACCAUUACAACACUUCUGGAUGCUUCAGUCACCACUCUCGAAGAUUACUUUGAGAAGAAUUACAACCUUACGGGCACACAACUGGAGCAACCAGUUAUUGUAAGUUACAUUAUUUCAAUUUUCAACAUGAAAGUCUAUUAA